AUGACAGGAAGAGACUCAAGCCAGAUUCGAGUUGAUGGUCCUCCUCAAGGUGGCGUCCAGUAUGAAACUCUGCCGGUCAUCAAAGAUGGAAGCCCUAUUCUUAGAGACAUGGCCUUCUCCCUGGACAACAGCUACAUCUACGUCAUGUCGGAGAGACAGGUCACACGAGUGCCGAUCGAGUCCUGUGAACAGUAUGGCACGUGUGGAGAGUGUCUGAGCUCAGGAGAUCCACACUGUGGCUGGUGUGUGCUGCAUAACAUAUGUUCUCAAAGGGAUCGUUGUGAGCGGGCAAACGAGCCAUACCGUUUCGCCGCCACACUGACCCAGUGUGUGAAAGCCACAGUGUACCCAGACAGCAUCGCUGUGUCUGAACCCAGCGUUCCGCUCCUGGUGAAAGUGACAGAUGUUCCGGAUCUUUCUGCUGGAAUCACAUGCUCCUUCGGGAACCUGACGGAGGUUGAGGGCAGAGUGGAUGGGAAUCAAAUUCUCUGCACUUCUCCUGCUGCUAAAGAUGUUCCCAUCAUCCCCACAGAUCAAGACUGGUCGGGUGUCGAGCUCAGACUGAACUCGAAGGAAACGGGUCAGAUGCUAAUUAGCACAGAGGUGAAGUUCUACAACUGCAGCGUGCACCAGCUGUGUCUUUCCUGUGUGACCAGUUCUUUCCGUUGCCACUGGUGCAAGUACAGAAACCUCUGCACCCACGACCCCUCCAGCUGCUCAUUCCAGAGGGACGCGUCAAUGCCUCAGAG